UUUCAUAGAUGUAUUGACUGCAUCGUUCAUCAUGUAAGUUCAGUGAGCCUUAAAUUCCAGUCUGCUGAUUCGCCUAUUAUAAACCGAGAAGAUGAAAGCGGCAAAGAAUAUCAGUAUCUCGAAAAAGGCAUGGACCUAUCCGGGUUUUAUCAAAGUCUGGAAUGGGACCUGAUGUCCCUAACAUCACAGCGUCACGAGCAAUUGUAUCCUGGAUGUUGCGGGCAGGACUUCUAUAUCGAUGUGACAUUUGAUAUAGCGUUAAGAAGGAAAACUCUAUUCUACACUGUGAACCUGGUCAUACCAUGCAUGCUAAUAGCAAUCUUGACCACAUUCGUAUUCUACAUUCCUCCUAUUGAGCACAAAAUGACGUUCUCCAUUUCGAUCUUGGUGUCACUUACUGUGUUCUAUCUCGUUCUGAUUGAACUGAUUCCACCUACAUCUCUGGUUAUUCCCUUGAUAGGGCGAUACCUUUUAUUCACAAUGUUCUUGGUCGCAAUGUCAAUUCUUUUGUCUGUCCUUUCACUGAAUUACUAUAGACGAGAUGGCUCUGCUCAUCCUAUGCCUCACUGGAUGCAAGCCGUCUUCAUUGAAACGUUGCCGAAAUAUAUUGGCAUCAAAAAGGCUGAAGAAGACGAAAUAAGUGACCGCGGGAGCAGUACUUCUGAAAUCGGUCAAUUUCUCGAUUCUUCACGUCGACCAUCACCAUACUUCCUUACUGUCCCCACAGCGAUACAAGACGAUGGGCAGAAACGAACGAGAGGUGAAAUCAACAAGAUGCGAUUAUCGCAAUUGGCUCAUCUACGCGGAAUGCACCCGGAUUUGAUACGUAGAAUGAUCGACAACGUCUCGUUCAUUGCGGACCAUUUUCGAGCGAUGAAAAAAGAAGACAAGAUAUCUUCCGACUGGUCCUAUGUUGCUAAUGUCAUCGAUCGAUUGGUUUUGAUUAUUUUUACAUUCGUGAAUAUUGCUGGUACGGUUCUCAUAAUACAGAACUCACCAAUGUUAUUCGAUCAUACGGAGCCAAUGAAAAUAGGUGCUGCGACUCGACCGCUCUCUGGUGACACUUUUGAAAAUGCCUUCGAUGCGAAUUUCACACAGGAAAGUUGGUGGAAGAACUCUGAAGGACUCUAA